AUGAUGGACCUCGGCGUUACAUCCUUGCCUUGGCUGUAUGGCUGUUAUGUCGUUGACGUACGUCACAGCCCAGCAGUGUUGCCGAACCGGAAAAGCCGAAAUCGGUAGACAGUGUCGUUGAAAUUCGGUAGAAUGGGUAGAAUCAACACAAAAUCCGUAGGAGGAAAAAAAUUAGGACCGUACCAGCGCCACCUUCAACUAACGAGCCAUGAACAGUAGAUAUGGCAACGCAGCUUUGGGGUCUUCCACAGACAGGUGUUUGCCGGGCUUUUCGUUUGUUUAUAUUCCUAACCUCCGACUUUUUGGUGCAAUUUUGUUGGAAAUCUCUGGGAACAGUGCAAUUCAUACAAACCAGAGUAAUCUACUUAGUUUUGCUCUUCAAACCGUG